AUGAGUGACGCGGCAGAGUCGACCUCCGCUGCAGCACCAGCAGCAGUGCCAGAAGCAGUCCCAGAAGCAGCUCCAGCAGCAGCACCAGCAGCAGUGCCAGCGAGCGACGAAACCGCCGCCGCUUCCUCAUCGCAGCCGCAGCCGCCGCCGCCGCACCACGCCGGGUCGUCCAUCGCCGUCUCGCAGUCCUUUUCCUCGGGCGACGGCCUCGCUGGCUCUGGCUCGGGCUCGUCCCUCGGCCGCUCGGCUUCGUCCGCAGCGUCUGUGCAGCGCAUUGUGCUGCCGCCGGGUCAGCUCGCACAGGGAUGGGCAACCCUUCCAAACACCGACGAACACGUCUGGCUCGUCCUCACCAAGACCGCGCUCACCUACGCCAAGGAACAACCCAACGAGACCCGAAACACCCUCCGGAACGUCAAACUCACGAAAGGAAGGGACGGCCUUGGCCUCACCGUCAAGGGCGGCAAGGACGCGCAGCACUCGGCAGUGGUCAACUCGGUCGCGCCAGACGGCCCCGCGGCGCAGUCCAAGCAGGUCUUUGCAGGCGACGAAAUUGUCGAGGUGGACGGCACCAACAUUCGCGAUCUGUCGCAGCGCGACGUCCUGACCAUUCUGAAAAAGACAAGCCGCCACGUCCGACUGCAGCUCCAGUUCAAUGCCGUCUCGCGUGCGCACUACGUGACGAUGAUUCCCGAAAGCGAACUGCUUCCUGCUGCUACUGUGGAUCUUGGCGAGACUGUCAAGCUGGAGCGAGCGAACAAGACUGUCCUGACGCUGCGAUCGGACGCUGGUCAGGAAGUCAGCUUCAAGUUCCUGGACGCUGCGCGCACCGACGAGUGGGCGGCCAAGUUGGCUCCUACCGUGUAUGCCGAGCCGUCUCCCGCCGCCCCUGCCGCGGACACUGCAGGCGACGGUUCUGGCAGCCCCAACCGCAGUCGUCGCACGUCGGAAGUGAGCUCGGCGCGUGAUUCCAUCGCCGCUGCUGUCGAGUCAAUUGUAGGCGAGGAGGGCGCUAGCAACAACAGCAGCAGCAGCAGCAGCGCCGCCGCACCUUCGACGCCGAGCCGUCCACUCUCGUCCAUGUUUGACAAGGAGUCCAAUCGCUCCACCAAAGAGUCCAAGGAAGCGCGAGAGGCCAAGGCCUUGCUCAAGGAGGCCGAGAAGCGCAAAAAGAAGGAGGAGAAGGAUCGCGCCGAGCGAGAGGCCGAAGAGGCACGCAAGCAAAAGGAGGAGUCAAAGCUGGCGGCGCGUCGCGAGAAGAAGGUUGUGCCUGGCGCCGGCUCAAAGCGUGCCAGCAAGCUCUUCAACAAGGCGGACAUUGUUCGCGUCGACACGCCACCUCACCUCAACCUGACCGGGCUGAGCUCUUCCGCGGGCAGCUCGCGCGCGUCUGCCUUUGAGCUCGGUAGCGGCGAUGCGCUCAACCGCUCCUCGGAGGCAAUCUCCGAAGACGCGGCACUUUCGGCGCACAUGCCCAUCAACAAGCGCCACACGAUCGCCUACGAGCCGGGCCUGACAUCUCCCAUGACGCCCAACUCGCCCAACUUUUCCCGCAUGGUGGCCGCCACCGCCGCCAACCAGCAGCAGCAGCUGCAGUCCACUUCUGGCACGUACUCGUAUGCCGAAAGCGAACAGUCCUCACGCGACUCGCCCGCCGUCACUGGCUCUAGCACUCCUCGCAACUCGCACUCGCGCCAGACGUCCGAGUCGCUUGCUCACUCGCGCCAGACAUCCGAGUCGCUUGCGCACUCGCGCCAGACGUCCGAGUCGCUGCCCAGCCCUGGUCCCUUGCUCGGGGCCAAUCUGGACCAUGUGAAAGAGUACGCACUGGACGAUAGCUCGCGGCCAGCUUCCCAACGCCAGCCAUCGGUCGAACCCGCAGAGUCGCCACUCAAGACACCCACGUCCAGCACCGGCCGCGGUAGCACCCUUGUGAAGGAGCCGACAGCCUUGCGGGCCAACGCAAACGCCAAUCGCCCCGUGCCCACUGUCGAUCCCGUCGAGCGCUCGCUGGGUCUUGCGACCAAGUCCACGCUCUCUGGUGCCGACGCAUACCGCGAAAUCCUGCAACGCAUGGCCGACAAGAAGAAUGCCGAGCGCACUGCCACGCUUGCCGCCUUCCGCGCCAAGGUUGCUGCUACCGAAGUUCAGGAUCGCGAGCAGAAGGCGUCGCAGCUGCACGCUUUCACGGACAACAGCGACCUUGAUUUUAAGAAGAUGAAGGCCAAGCAGCACGCCGAGGUCGUCGCCAGCAUUGAGAAGUCGCGCGAGGCUGUCGCCGUGGUGGAUGUCAAAAAGUCCAACGAUCGUGAAGCCAUUCUGUCCCACUUCCGCAUCAAGCUCAAGAUUCCAAGCCGCCCGCGUGUCAAGCGCAACGAAUCCCGGCUCAGCAAGAAGAACACGUCGCGCAAGUCCGUCAUGAACGAAAGAGCCCAGAAGGCUGCCAAGCGGCGUGCGCGUCGCAUGUACAUUGUUCAAGAGAUUCUUUCGACGGAGCAGAGCUAUGUUCAAGGCUUGGCUGUGGUUCAAGAGGUCUUCUUGAACCCCCUCAAGGCGAGCGCUGUUUCUGCAAAGCCGCUGUUGAGCGAAAACGACAUUAAGAAGAUCUUUGCCAAUUUCGAAACAAUCUUGACUCUGAACACCAAGUUCCUGAACGACUUUAAGAAGCGCAUUGACAACUGGACCAACGAGCAAGUUGUUGGUGAUGUCUUUUUGGAAGUGGCCAACUUCUUCCGCCUGUACGCACAAUACGUCAACAACUUCCCAGUCGCCAUGAGCACCAUUGAAAAGCGUACCACCCAGUCGGCGGCAUUCCGUGAAUUUUUGCGCGCGAGCGCUGCCCGUCCAGAAUGCAAGAGCUUUGGUCUGAAGGAGAUUAUGCUCACGCCCAUUCAGCGCAUCCCUCGCUACAAACUGCUCUUGGAUGAUCUCGUCAAGCACACUGAAAAGGAACACCCCGACUUUGAUACACUCCGUAAAGCCGUCGAGGCCAUGAAGGCGCUUGCCCAGUAUCUCAACGAAGCCAAGCGCGAGGCCGAAAUGCGCCGGGAAAUGCUUGACAUCACUGAACGCAUCCGCGACUGCCCUAUGCUCAUCACCCCCAACCGCAAGUUCCUUGCCGAGUUUGACAUGGAAGAAUUGACUUUGAAAUCGACGGACGGCUCACGCUCGCGUGCAUUCCGCGUAAAGAGCGACUGCCAAGUCUUCCUGUUUGACGACAUUGUCGUCAUCACCAAGCGAUCCGGUGCCAAUUCGAGCGGUAAUGAAAAGUCCAAGACUGCGCUUGAUAAGAAGGCGCUCAAGAAGGUUACGUUUGAGUCCAUGAUGUCUGUGGCGGAAAUAUCGCUCAAGGAGGUUUCCUGGUUUGCGACGACUCCAGAGUUGGUGAACGCCUUCCAACUCAAAAAGUUCCCCAAUACUGAGCGCACUUUCCGCGUGUCAAAUCCCAAGAACAAGGCCGCGUUCGUCAAGGCCUUCCAGGAUGCACAGGCCGAGUUCCGCAAGGCCAUGUCUGCGGACGGCGGCUUGCAGCGUGGGCCAGCCGCUCAUCCCGUCUCGGAACCGCCGUCCGGCGAGUCUUCUUCAACUUCUCUUGCCACCCCUACCACUCUUAUCACAGUGUCUGCCACCUCAAACCCCAACCUUGCCGGUUCAGCGUCAUCCUCCAAGGUUCAGCUGGAAGCCCCAGUUGCCAACGUUCACUUUGCCAAGGACAAGGACAAGAGCAAGCAAAAGAAGAAGCACACGCGUUCUGCCAGCACCAACGUUCCUUCGGGAAUUGCGGCUGCGAUCGGCGUGACUUCAACAGGAGUUUCGCUGCUGGUUCCGGGCAGCACUCCCUCGGAUCGUGCGAGCGUCGUUGAUGUUUCGGACGACGAGGAUGCAAACACUGACAACCGCGCUUCCCGAGUGUCGCGCACGCCCUCUGCAGCCGAGCGUCAGAACGUGGUGUCCAAGACCAUCAACGCCAUUCGCAAGGUGACGUCGUCGACCGAAAGCAAGAAAGGUGUGUAGUCGAUCUGCUGUGUGUGUGCUAGUUUGGCAGAGGUG